CCUGAGCUCAUCGGCUAGGGAGACAUUAUCAUCAUCAUCAUCAUCAUCAUCCCCACCACCACCACCAUCACCAUCAUCAUCACGAGGGCGAGGAAGACACGAUUGAACUUCCAACAAUGUAAAUCCCCCAGAAAAGAGGUGUGGCAGUGUUAUUCUGAUGUUCGAAAACUUCAUGACCAGAGAGCACCACUUACUAGAAUGGACUCUGAAGUUUGGUAUGAAUAAGACCAUCUCCAUCCAGAACAACUAGGAGCUUGCAUUUGGGAGAUUUUAUUGUGGAACUGCUCUCCCUGUGUACUGCAGCCCUCACCAUGAGCCACCCACAGCCCUCUCAGCCAGCCGUAGCGCCCGACCUGGAAGUGAUCUCCCAGCAGGUGGAGGAGGAGGGCCAGAGUAUGGCUCCAGUACAGCUGGUCAGCUUCGCUUACAGGGAUCUCCCUCUGGCCGCUCUGGACAUCUCGCUGGCUGGCUCACAGCUCAUCUCCAACCCGGAUGAAGAAGACAAUAGAGAAGGGUCUAACUGGCUAAAGCCAUGUUGUGGACGGAGGGCGGCACUGUGGCAGGUGUGUUUGUUGAGCGCUGGGUUUAACUGCUUCCUGGUGGCCUGUGUGAUCCUCGUGGUGGUCUUGCUUAGCCUGGAGCUGCUCAUCGACACCAAGCUGCUGCAGUUUACCAAUGCAUUCCAGUUUGCUGGCAUUAUCCACUGGAUCAGCCUGGUCAUUCUCUCAGUCUUCUUCACUGAGACUGUCUUCAGGAUUGUGGUGCUGGGUAUAUGGGAUUACAUAGAGAACAAAGUUGAGGUGUUUGACGGUGCUGUGAUUGUGCUCUCUUUGGCCCCAAUGGUUGCCUCCACCGUUGCUAAUGGGCCCAGCAGCCCAUGGGAUGCCAUCAGCCUCAUCAUCACCCUCCGCAUCUGGAGGGUCAAGAGAAUUAUUGACGCGUAUGUGCUGCAGGUGAAGGUGGAGAUGGAGCUGGAACUGCAGCAGUAUGAGAAGGCUAAAGCCGUGCGGGAGGAGCAGCUAGAGAGACUCACUCAAAUCUGCCAAGAGCAGGCGUUUGAGAUCAGGCAGUUGCGAGCUCAUCUGGCCCAGCAGGAUUUGGAUCUGGCUGCAGAACGUGAGGCUGCUAUGCAGAUCCACCAUGUGUGGGGCAAGCAGAGCAGCAGCUUCCAGGAGGUAGAUGGCAUGGGGCCUGCAGGAUCCGACACCGAGGCCAGAGCCAGUACCAGGGAGCCCGGAGCAACGACAGAGAACAUUGUUCAAGAUGACAUGAACAAUUACAUCAGCCAGUAUUACAGUGAGCCAAGUAGUGAUAUUGGGGUUCCAGACCCAGGUGCACGCAUCAUAACUACUGCAGCCAUAGACGUGCACCUGCCCACUAACCCCAGCCAGCUGCCCCCAUCCCUGGUGAGUGCAGAUGGGCCGGGCAGCCGUCUGGAACGCACGGGUAGCUGUGUGAGCGAGGCUUCAGCCACCACGGUGUCUCGGUCCAGUUGCAGCUUCACAGCUCGCCAGCACAGUGUUAGCAGCCAGACACUGGGCUCCAGCAGUGACUGCAGCUCCACGGUGCGUGAGGCCUCUACGUCUGACUACAGCGGCCGCCGUUGCUGCCCACCACCAUACUGCAGCCCACUGGCCUUGGGUGCACAAGAUCCAAGUGCCGUAGUCAAGGAGCUGCUCUCAUCCCUUUCCGAGGACUCUUGCCUGGCCCAGAAGGGCCGGGUGAACCCAGUCAACCUGAAGUUGCCCAGUCCGGCUGGCUCAGUCAAGGCCAGCCCGGAGCUGGAGCACAGGGUGAACAUUUACAAUAAGAGGAACCAGGAGAGUCUGGGCGUGUUCCAGACCAAACCUCUGAUCCACCUGCAGGGGACAGAGCCGUUGCUGGAUGAGAAGUACAGACUCAUGGAGCCUGCAGAUGCUCCGCUGAACCGUGUGCCGGACACGUAGGACAAAGAAGUGCAGUAUAGUGGCCACCAGCACCAUCUGAAGCAUCCUCUGUCUCUCUCUGAUUCUCUUUCUGUCUCUCAGCCAGCACUACUGACUCUGACUCUCCCAAGCUUCAUGCUCUCUAAAGAGUGGCUCACUGAGUGAUGCACUAAGGACUUUGCUCUCAGUUGUCUUCUCAAGAGGGGUUCCCCCACUUAGGGCAAGGAAUUCUUGGCACACACCCCCUCUCUUUCUCUCUCUCAUUCAAGCAAAAGCACUUGAACUCUGUGAGUGUCACUCCUGCCAAAAUUGCACAACCUUCCAGAGCCCAGGGAGAGGCACUUCGGGAGCCAUCAAUGGAACAUUUAUCAGGAAUUUCCUAUUUCAGUGUUUGUCUAUGUUUGGUGACCGUUAAAAAACCAGCAAUGGGACAAAAACGCACUCAAGCUUUCAGACAGCAGCGCAGUAUUGAAAAAAUGAGGCUGGGAAGACUUGUGAUUCUUCAUGCGUUCUUAUUUCAGGGUUCUGGUCGGGUGGUGGGGCAAUGAGUUUUUAUUUGUUUUAUUUGUAUGAAUAACACAAUGUACAGUCAUACUGAUCUGACUGCUGCAGGGUUACAUUUGAUCUGUGUUCAAAUGUGUCAAGCUGUGUUACUCAGCCAAAUUUCUUACCUUUGCCUUUCUUACUGAUGCUAACGUUUGUAUUCAGAAUUCUAUGACAGAAAAAAAAAAUGCUAAACUCAAGUAUUUUUAAAACCUGCUGAAAUUUCAUGGAUGAGAAAUUCAGGAAUAUAAUAUUAGAGGGUUUUUAUGAGAAAUGAUGGAUGAGAAUGUUGUCAUAACCCUUAACCUUAACCCCAUCCUUAUAGCAUGAGCCUUUGAAAAGAUCUCUGCUUUUUGAUUGAGGCUAACUAAUCCUGUGUUGUUAAGGCAUUUUAUAAACUGAUAAUGGGAGAAAUUGUCAAGCAAAUAAAAGCUGGUAAAAUUAUGGAAA